AUUUGGAGGGGACAAUUGCUGGAAUAGUUUCAUUGAGGUCCACUUCAACUGGAGACCACAGUAGCUACGACAAAGACACAAAGAGUUUAGAGGGCUAUAUAGGUAACAUAGUUGAAUUAAGAAACGAGAUGGGUUAUUGGAAAUCAAAAGUUCUUCCAAAGAUCAAGAAGGUUUUCGAGAAAAAUGGUACCAAGAAAUCUGCUGCUGCUGCUGAGGCUUGCAAGUCCUUCGACAAGUCUAAGGAGCAAAUUACUAAGGAGUUUGAAGAGAAGAAGACUGAGCUUCAACCUAAAGUGCUAGAAAUAUAUGAGGCUUCCUCAGUAGAAGUCAAGACUUUGGUUAAGGAACCUAAGGAGCCAGGCUUGAAGAAGCACUCAGUUGCAGUUCACAAGUUCAUAGAAGAGCUGGUGAAAAUUGAGUUUCCAGGAUCAAAACCAGUAUCUGAAGCAUCUUCAAAGUAUGGUCCAGCAUUGAUUCCAGGCCCAGUUUUCUUUGUUUUUGAAAAGGUUUCAACUUUCGUCGUCACAGAAGAGAAAGUCGAGCCAACCCCAGAAGCAGCAACAACAGCAACUGAAAAAGAGAGGGAGAUAGUACUUGUUGAAGAAGAGAAGAAAGAAGAGGUGGUGGAGAAAAUAGAAGAAGAGAAAAAAGAAGUGGUGGUGGAGGCUGAGAAAGCUGAACCAACACCAACACCAACUGAGCCUGAAGCAAAGGUAGAGGAAGCUGCAGAACCAGCAAAGCCUUGAUAAAAUCAAGUACAGGAACUCUCUUAUUAAAGUGAACUUUGUGUGAAAGUUUAUAAAAGUGAAAUAUUGAUUUGUUAUUCUUUCAUCUCCUCCAUCCUCUUCUUGUAAGAGCUCUUGGAUUUGUUUUAUUAUGGGUUUUUUUAAAAAAACUUUUUCAAAGCUUUUUAU